UAGAAAUCCUACCGUGAUGAAGCCACUGAAGAACACCAGAGCUGGUGAGUGGCCCCAGCAGACUGAUGAGGAAAAUGAGGAUUUGGGGCUGUUUAUUCCAUUGGAGGAGCAAGAUGGAGAGGAUAUUGAGAGAAGGAAGAGGAGGAGGAAGGCAACCAAACGGAAAAGAGAAGGGAAAAGUCAAGAAGAGGAGGGAUCUUUGUCUUGUGACAUCAAGCUAGAUGAUACCCUUGAUCGCACCUUAGAAGAUGGAGCUAAACAACAUAACCUAACAGUUGUCAACGUGCGAAACAUCCUGCAUGAAGUGAUCACAAAUGAGCAUGUGGUUGCCAUGAUGAAAGCAGCCAUCAGUGAGACUGAAGAUAUACCUUUGUUUGAGCCCAAAAUGACUCGUUCCAAACUGAAGGAAGUUGUGGAGAAAGGAGUGGUGAUUCCAACAUGGAAUAUUUCUCCAAUUAAGAAGGCAAAUGAGGUGAAGCCUCCUCAGUUUGUGGACAUUCCUCUUGAGGAAGAUGAUUCAUCUGAUGAAGAAUACCAGCCUGAUGAUGAGGAUGAGGAUGAGACUGCAGAAGAGAGCUUACUGGAAAGUGAUGUAGAGAGCACUGCUUCUUCUCCUCGGGGAGCAAAACGGUCUAGGACAAGGCGAUCAUCUGAUGAAGAGGGAGGGACACUCUGCGAGGCCUUUUUAAUUAGAUGGAGAAGGUUACUACACCUGUUGUUAGACAUAUUAGUGCUGAAGUAG